AGUGGCCAAUGGUUGCCAGGCUCGCUUAUUUGGCUCAAUGCUUGGGACCCAUUUCUCCCGGACCCUAGCGCCAGGGCUUGGGUUGAGGUGCUGUGCUGUGAGCACUAGCUGCGUCGCCCGCUUGUACCUUUCCAGGCUGCUUUGAGGGCCUUGAACUGGAGCCCGCCUUCUUUCCUAGCUCCCGACGUCCGACCCAGGCCGGACGGUCGAGCCGCCUCCCCACCGUGCUCGCACGCCCUGGUGAUCCCCUUCCCCACUUCCCUGACCCAGGCGGGACAGACCCGCGAAGCUCACCCACCAGCCCCUCCAACAGCUGCGACCUUCCCCGGUUGGUGGUAGUGGUUGGUUACCAUGGUGAAGCUGGCGGCCAAAUGCAUCCUGGCUGGAGACCCAGCUGUGGGCAAGACCGCCCUGGCACAGAUCUUUCGCAGCGAUGGGACCCACUUCCAGAAGAACUACACCCUGACGACAGGGGUGGAUUUGGUGGUAAAGACAGUGCCAGUUCCUGACACAGGCGACAGUGUGGAGCUCUUCAUCUUUGACUCGGCCGGCAAGGAACUGUUUUCCGAAAUGCUGGAUAAAUUGUGGGAGAGUCCCAACGUCCUGUGUCUCGUCUACGAUGUAACCAGUGAGCAGUCCUUCAGCAACUGCAGCAAGUGGCUGGAGAAGGCGCGGGCACAGGUCCUGGGCACCACUCUCCCAGGUGUUUUAGUGGGAAACAAGACCGAUCUGGCCAGCAGACGAGCAGUGGAUCCAGCGCAGGCCCAGGCAUGGGCGCUGGGCCAAGGCCUCGAGUGCUUUGAGACAUCUGUGAAGGAGAUGGAGAACUGCGAGGCCCCCUUCCGCUGCCUGGCCACACAGUUCCUGCACCUGUACCGGGACAAAGUAGAGCUGUUCCAGGGCCUGGUGUGACAGCCCCGGCUUGCUCUGCAGGAUGGCGCGGUGCUCUCGAGCGUGACGGGGCUCCAUCUCCCUCCUGGAAGGAAGGCAGGAAGAUGGAGCUGCCUCUGCCCUUCAGUGUAUCCUGGUAGCUUUAAAUAAAGGCAACAGCAGCAGCAGCAGCAGCUCUUUUCACUCUU